GCACUUGAUUCUGACCACCAACACAGGGCUAUUGGAACAAAUCUAGAGCCGGCAAAAUGGUCGAAUGGACAGACUUCGAGCGCGCCACCAUCGCGGACAUCUUCUCCAAGAUGGAUUAUGAGGUCGUGGGCCCUGCAACCCUUGCCAGGUGUCUGAUCGUCUACCCCUGGACUCAGAGGUAUUUCGGAAGCUUUGGAAACCUCUACAACGCGGCUACAAUCCAGGCAAACCCUUUGGUUGCAAAACACGGAACCACUAUCCUCCACGGUCUGGACCGGGCUUUGAAGAACAUGGACAACAUCAAGCAAACCUACGCUGAGCUGAGCGUGCUGCACUCUGAGAAACUGCACGUGGACCCUGACAAUUUCAAGCUGUUGUCUGACUGUCUCACCGUCGUGGUCGCUUCUCGGAUGCGUAAAGAGUUCACUGCUGAAGUGCAGGCAGCUUUCCAGAAGUUCCUGGCUGUGGUGGUGUCCUCCCUGGGAAGACAGUACCAUUAGAGAGCUGCAGCAGAAGACCAAUACAUGCAGAUUAUGAAUAUCUCUUUCUUUUUUGUCAUGUCUCAAAGGCAUAAAUAAAGAAAACAAUAAGCAUAUUAAACAAGGUGCAUGUCU